AUGCAGCCCGACCGAGUCGGGUUUGAUGAACCCACGUCCCUUGUGGACACUGCCCUGUCCAGUGCCGCUGUCCUGGACAUGGUCAAAGACGACUGCCAGCGCGCCGUCACCCACGACGUACCGGGUCCACUCCACGAACAUGUCCAGCCCGAAACAGGGCGACCGGACCCGGUACUAUCAGUGUACGCCCAUAACGCGCCCGCAUUCCCUUGCACGCUGUGUGGGCACACUGCAUGUGACAUGAGCGCGCUGUCGAGUCACAGACGGACCUCCCACCGUGGCACCUGCUUCGUGGACCACUUCCACAGCGGGUGCCCGUGUGGCAUCGGGCACAGGACUCGUGCAGCUGCUACGAAGCAUGCUAUGGAGUGUCGGGACAGCCCGUCCUACAUCCCUUCGGCUGCACGUGCUCCCCCGGGUCCGUCUCCGGUCCACUUUCGUUCUCGUUCUCGUUCCGUGUGGUCUGUUCCGGAGGACGAGGUGACCCCGAACAUACCGGGUCCCUCGUCCUGGCUCCUUCCGUGGGUUAAGCAGUUGCAUCAAGCAGCACUGUGCCCACAGAUGCGACCACAUCCCAGAGCACCGUGCCUGCUCCCGUGGACCAAGCCGGGCACCUGCAUGUCCCCCCCCGUGCGGUGCCCUUCGCCACCGCAGCCGCAUGUUCGGGUGGCGGGGAAGCGGCGCCGUUUAAACGAAGCUGCUGACCCGCCUGCUUCUCCUGACUGGGACAUGGACCAAGGAACCUCUGUGCUUGGAACCCCUGCUUGGCCCCCAGUUGAGGCAAACGAGGACCUGACUUUGGAUCAUGUGCUGGAUGAUGACAUUUCCGAAUUUCUUGUGGAUAUUUGUGGUUCUACUCUGGAUGCAGCUGACCCUUCGCUCACGGAGGAUGCUGCUGUCUCCGGUCGACUCGGGACGGGUGAGGCACCAACAUCAGCCCCGGCAGCGCCCCGACCUCUGACUUCUGUCGCGUCCAGCUCCCGUGCUACGCGGUGGGGGCCACGUCACGGCGCGAUCGGGUCUUCUGGGGCUGUCCCGCCUGCCGCUGAUGUCCCGGCUUGUCCUGCUCCUACUUCUCGGGUGGCUGCUUCGGCUGCGCCCCGACGAACCAUGACUCGUUGGGGCCCCCGACUCGUAGUGACGCUACCCAUCACUGGGCGACGUACUCGCACUCGACGGCCAUCCUCCAGCGUACCUGAUUCUCCUUUGGUAGACCGCACCGCGCCUACUACGGCAGUUCCACCUGCUGAUUCGCCGAUAGCUCCGCCACCAUCACUGUCAGUGGUGGAGCCUACUGACCACCCAGCGGUUCCAGAGCACUGGCUACUACGUUUUGACGGGGCUUGUCGUCGGAACCCUGGUGCUGGUGGCGCUGGUGCGGUGGUAACAGACGCGUCUGGUACUGUGGUUUGGACGUGCUCCCACUUCCUGCCUGCCCGCGGUGAAACCAACAACACCGCGGAGUACUCUGCUCUAUUGAUAGGGCUGCAGGGGCACUGUUCCACGGUGCCAAGAGAGGCUAAAGAUUGA